UGCAUUCGUUUCCGGUACCAGGGGAGAUAAUUUGUAUUCAAAACAUGGCGGACGACACUAGCGUUGACGUGGAUCUGAAUGAUGAUGACAAGCAGGGCCUACAAUUUCAUGAUGGAGGUUAUCCAAGUACAAAGGAGGACAAGAAGAAAACCCAGACCCACAUGUUUACAAAUUUCCCACACACAGCUGCGUCUGACGAUGAUGAAGAAAACAUAUUGGACAAGUCUGAACUUUUAAAGGACGAGAAGCCGCCGCCAUCAUUCUGGACGUUCCAGUAUUACCAGCAGUUUUUUGAUGUGGAGACAUACCAAGUGCUGAAUAGAAUCCUAGGAUCAAUGGUUCCACGACCUGGCAGCAACUAUCUAAAGACUCACAUACAGCCUAACCCUGAUUUAUACGGUCCGUUUUGGAUAUGUACAACGUUAAUCUUCACGACGGCCAUUGCUGGUAACCUGGCUAACUAUUUACAGUCUGGUGGAAAGGAAUAUGAAUGGCGAUAUGAUUUCCACAAAGUGACAUUUGCAGCAGCAGCUAUAUUUAGUUACUGGUGGCUGGUACCGACAGGCCUGUUUGCAUUCCUGUGGUGGCGCGGAACCAAUGCUGGCUACUCCUUCCUUGAUCUCUUGUCUGUGUAUGGAUACUCACUAGCGAUAUACAUUCCUAUAUCUAUCCUGUGGGUGGUCCAGGUGGAUUGGCUUCAAUGGAUCCUUGUAUUGGUGGGGACAACAUUAUCCGGCACAGUUCUCACCCUCAUAUUCUGGCCUGUUUUCAGAGAUGGCAACAAACGAACUGCAUGGGCAGUUGUCAUCAUUAUUUUCCUCCUUCAUGCCAGUCUGGCUGUUGGAUUUAAGUUGUACUUUUUCAAUGCACAAGCCGGUACCGCAGUGGGUGUAACCACUUCAGCUCCUGUGAUCUCAACAGCAGGACUGCCAAAAGUUCUGGCAGCUACACAACAGGAGCAAAAAGCUGCAAUCCCUGCAGUGCCUUCAAAGGGCAACACUCCACAAGACAAAACGUUAGAUGUGCCUAAUAAGACAAAAACUCCUAAUAUACCAGGCAAGGAAAAGCUUGCAGUGCCAACAAAUCAAUUAAAAAAGCUUGUUAAAACUAAAUCUAAAGCAGCUAGUCUUAGUAAGAAAGGCUUAUCAACAGGCAAUCCCUAAUAGGCAACCAUAAGUAAUGAGGAAUACUUUCAAAUUCUUCAAAUGUGAGAGUUUUGAAAGCUGCUGUGAAAGGAAAUGUCUAGUGUGUUGUUUUCCAAAAGUAUGUGACUAACAAAAUUUCAGAACAACUUAUUUAGAAGAUAACUAAAAAAUGUAUUUACAGCAAAUGGGUGGUCGAGUGGCACAAAGGAUAUUGCACUCGCCAUUUCAGCAAGGCGGCUGGGGUUCGAUUCUACGAUCGGAGGUAUGGGAUAUGUGGCACCUGCCCAACCACCUGGGUUUUCUAGGAGUACUCUGUUUCCUCCUACUUUUAGACCCUCAGGUCGCUAUCAUCUGGACCAACAAGUGUGAUUAAUAUUAGCUGCAAGAAGUUGUUUCCCCAACGUUAUAAAAUAAAAAAUGUUUUAAUGGAUAUCGGUGUUUCAGGUAUUAAGAUGAGUCAAAUGCUCUUCCAAACUUAUCAUCUGAAAUAAAUGACAUAUUUAAAUUAAAAUAUUUCUUUAUUGAAUGAAAUUUUUCCUAACUAAGUUAAGCAGAUCAUUUUGCUUGACCUACAAUGGCUUCAUACUUCAUAUUGUUUAUAUCAGCUCUAUUAAGGAGGCGUAUGUGGGGCAGUCGCCAGGUACUGGCCGUAGGUUAGUGGUUUUUCUCCGGGAACUCUGGCUUUC